UCAAAAGAUCAGAGAGUUACUGAAGUGGAGCAAUAAAUUAGCUGUUUACAGCAAGUUGAACACCUUGGUUGUUGGGACAUGCUCAGUGUUUAAAGGAUAAGUCUGGCGAUUACAUUUUUGUUAUUGUCAACAAAUCUCAUCUCAGUGUUAUGUGUGUGUAUCCUCAGCCUGAUAUGAGUGCUUCGUCCUGAGGGCAAUGGCUACUGUUGUUUGUUUAGAAAUGAAAAUUUUCAGUCUCUGGAGAGUAGUUUUUUAUAAGGUGUAGUAUUAAGUUUACUUGGCAGAAAUUAAUUGUGUAUAUAUACCAUCUUAAAGUGUUUGGGGCAAAUGUGACAGGAUUUAUUUCACAUCUUAUAAUUUGAUGAUUAAGGUAAGAUGGUGAACCCAGUUUGUCCCCAACGAGUAAACGCUUUCUAUUCAUAUUUCAUAUUCAUAUUUUUUGAAAAAUAUAAUUUUUCUGACCUUUUGAUUUUGGAAAUACAGUGGACAGCAAGAUAUGAUUGUAAAAUGUGCAUUUGUCAAGCAAAAAUCCCACACAUCCAAACACCUCAGCAAACAGUAGCCUGAGAGCAGAGCUGUGAAAUGAGCUUCUGACUGAAAGAAAGUAGAGUUCUCCUCUUGCAUUGGGCCUCUGAAUAAAUAUAGUUUUGUUUAGAAGGCCUUCCCCAGGCCUGGAAUAUUUCCAGAAUCACCUGCUCCUGAUGCUGCAGUUUCACACUUGGGUCAGUCAGAUAAACCGUGACACAGGCAUUACACAGGCCAUCAUACAGAUACUGCAUGUAGGCCAACAUGUACCCAAGAGCUCACUCAUAACUUUGCAGCUUACAUUCCAUGUUUUGAUAUUCUAUGUAUAUAUGACUCAACAAAUACACCAUCCUUUAACUAAUAAUUGCUUUACAGAACCCCAUCAAGGAAACACACUACUGUUCAGAUAUAUAUAUAUAAUACUGUUUGUGAAUUUAUCCCGAAAACUUAUCUGUUUUUGUUAGCUGUACAGAGACUUCAUUAACAGUAAUUUUCAAACUAGCACCCCAUCAGUGAGCACAGGAACAACAUGUUGUGAGAACACAUCGUUUUGAACAAAAACCAGCAGGGGGAUGUUAAUGGGUCUGAACAUACGGAUCUAAUUUCACGUGGGGUGUACGGUGUUCUUGUAUUUUCAGCAUGACUCAGCAUUUGCUCAAGUCUGUGCUAUCUGUACCAUAUAGGAAGAUAAGUAGAGUUUCAGCAAACUAGAUAAUAUAGUUUUGUAAUGGAACAUUUAGUCCACUCUCAGUAGACAGUAUAUUCUAUGACAAUGCUGUUUUUUAUGUCUGUUCUGACAUUGUUGUAAAUCUUGAGGACAAAAGAGGGAGGGGGCUUGAUUACUAAGUCAAGAUAACACAUCAUGUUCUACAAUUUCUUCAUUAAAAAAUUGCAAACACACAAGCAGGUUUAUAAUGUUCUGCCCAUCAGACCAGUUGACAACCCUUAUAGAUAUAGUGGAGGUGGGGCCCCACUAGCAACACAUGCCAUGCCAUGAUGUAACAACGUCAUGGCAGUAUUUAAAGAGGCUGCUCUUCCACACACUACUGUAUCCUUUCCUCUCACUGGUUCAUUUGGCUAUUGUCACUUCCAGAGGCAUUUUACCAGGCAUCUCAACUUCUACACAUCAAAUCACGGUUCAACCAAACUCUUUGUAAUUACGUUUCUUUGGAUGUUUUUAUUAUUGUCGAUACUGUUCGACUGUAGUGUUGUUUUUGACCGUGUUUCUCUCUUUUUCAGGAUUUGGAGCAUGAUUUUAAGGCUCAUUUUUGAAACAUUUUCUAUGGAAAAAAAAGGAAACCAAUUUACAGCUGGGACAAUAUUCAGCCAGAGGGACGCCUUUAGAGAAUCCUGAUCUUGAAUGUUUUUGGUCCUAAACUCCUCCAAUAAAGGUGAGAAUGAAUAAUCAAUGUUCAGAUUUUUUUCAUUCAUGUGACUGUGAGGUCUGGCAGCCCUUCCCUGUCUGCACAGAAUGUACUGAACAGCUGCCUUUCAUUUAGCAUCACUAACAUCACUAGUUAGGAUCAAGUAAAAAAAAAGCAGAUCCAUAGAAUAAACUAUGUUCUCCUGCCUUGCAGGUUAUGAUUCUUGUGUGCUGACUUUGCAGAGAUGCCAUUUCACAUUACAUAAAUUUUAUGGAAUGUGUUUUGGGGUCUAUCUUUUUCAGAUUUUUGAGGAGCUUCUUGUCCUGUUAAUAGGCUACACUCUUCAGUUUUUAUAUUACUUAAAAUAAUUCUGGAAAAUGGUUGGAUUUGGACCUGCAGAUGUGCCUCCAUCAGCAGCUGUGAAGUUUGUAGGAGCAGGAACUGCAGCAUGCUUUGCUGACCUGCUCACUUUUCCUCUGGACACAGCCAAAGUGCGGCUGCAGAUCCAAGGGGAGGCUGUGGGCUCUGCAGCUGCAGACAGAGGGUCUACAGUGAAAUAUCGUGGAGUGUUUGGCACCAUCACCACCAUGGUGCGUACAGAAGGGCCCAGAAGCCUUUACAGUGGACUGGUGGCAGGACUCCAGAGGCAGAUGAGCUUUGCCUCUGUCCGCAUCGGUCUCUACGACUCUGUAAAACAGUUCUACACCAAAGGCUCUGAUCAUGUAGGUAUCGGCAGUCGGCUGCUUGCUGGAUGUACCACUGGUGCCAUGGCGGUUGCUUUUGCUCAGCCUACAGAUGUGGUGAAAGUCCGCUUCCAGGCCCAGGCGAGGUCUCCUGGGCACGCCAGACGCUAUUGUAGCACCAUUGAGGCUUACAAGACCAUUGCUAAGGAAGAGGGCAUUCAUGGCCUGUGGAGAGGUACAGGUCCAAACAUUGCACGUAAUGCAAUUGUUAACUGCACUGAACUGGUGACAUAUGACUUCAUCAAGGAUACACUUCUUAAGUCCACUCCCCUGACAGACAAUCUGCCCUGCCACUUUGUAUCAGCCUUCGGUGCAGGGUUAUGCACAACAGUGAUUGCCUCUCCAGUCGACGUGGUCAAGACAAGAUACAUGAACUCGGCCCUCGGCCAGUACAGCAGCGUCCUCAACUGUGCUGUUGCCAUGAUGACCAAAGAGGGACCAUUUGCCUUUUAUAAGGGGUUCAUGCCGUCGUUCUUACGUCUGGGCUCCUGGAAUGUGGUGAUGUUUGUGACAUACGAGCAGCUGAAACGGGCCAUGAUGAUGGCGAAUCACAACCGCACAACUAUCCUGUAA